UAAGGAUUAGCCUUUGUUAGUGGACUCGGUGGUCGGUAAUUUUGUAGUACAAGGAGACACCCACCCGCCCCACUAAAAAAUUAUACUAUUUUUAAUUAUUGUAAAAAAGUGGACGGCUUUUGAUUGAACUGAACUGGGAAAGGUAUCCAUCCCGCAUCAGACAAGACAAAAGGAAAUGAUAUAAAUAUAAAUAUAUAUAAAAAGCCAACCCCACCCAAUUCCUUUUUAGCUCAGAGCACAAUCAUCUUGUCCUGUUCCUUCUUAAUCCGCUCCCAGAUUCUUUUCUUCAAGGAGAAUACCCUUAUUCUACAUUAUAUACCUUCUGACUUCCUGGAGAAGAGAAGUCCAUUUCCUCGACUUCUUGUUACAAUUUACGAUUACAAACAGGCAGACAUGGGCCUGCAAAUGCAUUUCCAACUAGCAGUAAUGUUACUAAUGUUGUUGGUUGGCAAUGGGCAUGGGAGUAGCGACUUUAAUAUAUGGCCAAUGCCGAACUCAGUGAGCAACGGCUACAGGAGGCUUUACAUGGCCCCUCAUUUUCAGUUGCUCACUGACUGGGAUGAUGCUUCUGGGAUUUUGAACGAUGCCUUCUCCAGAAUGCUUCAUGUUGUCCAAAUGGACCAUGCUCUUAAAAAUGCCAACUUCUCCGCUUCCCAUCCUUCUCUCAUCCUCAAAGGACUUCAUAUUCUCAUUCUCUCUCCCAAUCUUCAGCAGUUACAAUAUGGUGUUGAUGAAUCGUACAAAUUACUAGUCCCUGCACCUGAAAAGCCGGAAUAUGCACUUCUUGAGGCGCAGACAAUCUAUGGAGCUUUACAUGGGCUUCAGACAUUCAGCCAACUAUGCCAUUUUAACUUUAAAACCAGUGUGAUUGAAGUUCGAAUGGUCCCAUGGACAAUCAUUGAUCAGCCAAGGUUCUCUUACCGGGGGCUCUUGAUUGAUACUUCACGACAUUAUCAGCCACUGCCAAUGAUUAAGAAAGUGAUUGAUUCUAUGGCCUAUGCAAAACUGAAUGUUUUGCACUGGCACAUUGUAGAUACACAAUCUUUUCCUCUGGAGAUACCUUCAUAUCCAAAACUGUGGAAUGGUGCUUAUUCAGUUUCCGAGCGAUACACUUUUGCUGAUGCUGCAGAAAUUGUGAGUUAUGCCGAGAGGCAAGGAAUUCAUAUAUUGGCUGAAAUUGAUGUUCCUGGACAUGCACUCUCAUGGGGAAAGGGCUAUCCUUCUUUAUGGCCAUCAAAGGAUUGUCAGCAACCACUUGAUGUCAGCAAUGAGUUUACAUUUAAAGUGAUAGAUGGAAUCCUUUCAGAUUUCAGUAAGAUCUUUAAAUUUAAAUUUGUUCACUUGGGAGGUGAUGAAGUCGACACAAGUUGUUGGACAUCAACUCCUCACAUAAUGAACUGGUUAAAAAAGCAUAAUAGGAAUGAAUCUGAAGCUUAUCAGUACUUUGUCCUGCGGGCACAGCAAAUAGCUUUGUCCCACGGAUAUGAAAUUGUUAACUGGGAAGAAACCUUCAAUAGUUUUGGAAAUAAAUUGAGCCGGAAAACCGUGGUGCACAACUGGCUUGGUGGUGGUGUUGCUCAGCAAGUUGUUGCUUCUGGGUUGAGGUGCAUUGUGAGCAACCAGGACCAAUGGUAUUUAGAUCACUUGGAUACUACAUGGCAAGAAUUCUAUAUGAAUGAACCACUCACAAACAUCACUAACAUCGAGCAACAGAAGUUGGUUAUUGGGGGUGAAGUAUGCAUGUGGGGAGAAACAGUUGAUGCAUCCAACAUUGAACAAACCAUAUGGCCACGUGCUGCGGCAGCUGCAGAGCGACUAUGGACAUCUUAUGACAAGCUUGCCAAGAAUCCAAGGGAAGUUACUGGAAGAUUGGCACACUUCAGGUGUCUGUUGAAUCAAAGAGGAGUGGCAGCAGCUCCAGUUGCUGGACCUGGCCGAGGAGCCCCUCUAGAACCAGGUUCUUGCUAUUUGCAGUAAUGAAUGUUUUCACAUCUCCAAAUCUUGAGGAUGAAAACAGUUUCAUUUGCAAUUAACCCCAUUUGUAACGACCUCAAGUAAUUAAUUGUAAUAAAAUCUGGUUGCUUCCUGGUUCCAUCUAA